AUGUAUGAGUACUACACAUCUCAGAUGCGAGCCAUGAUAGACUGGGCCUUGAGUAGUUUAAAUAAAUCCCGUGAAGAACUGCUGGAUGUCUGUUUUGUAACAUAUUUCGAACUUUACGUCAGAUUAUUCAGACAAUCUACGAAAUCAGGCUGCCAAUUCAUUUUGGAGUUCGCCCCUGCCUUUGAAUCAAAAUUUGGGCAUUUUAUAGACCAAAUCGCAGACUUUAAACGUGUAGAUCAGCUGACGACUUCUCCUUUGUUUAGGCUACAACAUCGCAACAAAAAACACCUCAUCGUUAUCUCCAAGAGAGCCAAGCGUUCGCUAUUGAGCUGGAUUGGAUAUAAUCAGGGCUCUUUAAUUGAGCACAUACUACAGGAAUCUGUAUCUUUCAUAGAUGGAGAAGUGCUGAAUAGGCCAGAUGUUCACUUUUUUAGGACUCACUUUAUCAAGGAAUAUGGAUUACAUCCAGAAUCAGUUAGAAAGUUCAAUAAACCCUUUUUGGGGUUGUAUGUGCGUGAUUAUGAUAACGAAAUUAAAAUCGACAAGGUUAAGACAAACCUCUUGAUUGACCCGCAGUCAAAACAUUAUGUACCACUGGGAUUACCCGGAGAGUUGCAUGCGGAAGAUCCGCAUUCAGACUUUGGACAUGAGGCUGCUGAAACAAUUACUGGUGAAGUUGCCCAUUUGGAGUAUUUUUACAACUUGGUUCCACUUCCCCGUCCAGGGACGGAUGUUCAUCAAUAUUUGAGAGGCCUUUAUCACGUUCAAAAGGAACACAGAGCGACCGGAAAAGCUCCCACCACUCUGAGUUACACCUUUCAGAAUUCAUUUCCAAGCUGCUGCUGCAGUAUAUCCAGUUUUGACGGGAGAUAUGCCUCCCUUGGUUUAAAUGAUGGAUCCGUCCUACUCUGGGAUCUCGUUGCUUCAGAGAGUAGCAACGCAUUCAAGGACCUUUCACCUGUACUUGGUGAGAAUAUAGCCGGAAGAAGCAUCUCCAGAGUAACGGGCUCUUCCGCAUCAAAGUUUCACGCAUCAGGAGAGGGUGAUGAGAUGGCGGCAGGUGGUUUGGAUUCUAUGUUAAUGUUUGGUCAUGACGGGCCGGUUUCAAGUUUAUGUUUUGGUGAAAUGGGCAGAGUGUUGCUGUCUGGUGGUGUUGAUGGUGACGUGAGAUUGCGUACUUUGGGAUCAUCUUCGACAAGAGCGAUUUACAGGGGUGGUGGUCACGCUGUUUUGUCGCUAAAGUAUGGUCCGUAUGGCUACUAUUUUUCAACUUGUGAGGCUGAUGGAUCUGUUAGGGUCUGGGAAACGGACAGGAGUUUUCCUCUUAGGAUACUCCGUACAUCGAAUGGCGAGCUUUCUGGCACAUUUUUCCACCCCAACUCUACCCUUUUGGGUACGCCUUGUUCUGAUGGUAACGUGCGAAUUUGGGACCUUCGUACAUCUUGCUGUGAGAUUGUCCUUCCAGUUUCGGAGGACGGUUCCCAGUUUGAUUCUCUUCAUUUUAAUGAACUUGCCUUUUCCAAGAAUGGUGCAAUGGUUGCCUCAGCUCUCAAGAAUAUCGUACAAGUUUUUGACUUGCGUACCAAGAGAAAUCUUCAGACCCUUUUGGGGCAUGAAGAUCCCAUUGUCUCCAUGGACUUUAACCAUGGAUCCAGCGUGCUAGUUGCAGCUGAUGCAGGUGCAGUAUCGUUUUGGGAUGUCAAGGGUAACAGGAGUUUUGGCGAUGAGGACGACAAGUUUGACCAGUUUAGUGAGGAGGGAAUGAUUACAUUGACCUCUGCAUACAAGCCUACGGAUUCACUGCUUAGGCAAGUGUGUUUUACUCCGGAGAAUGUAUUACUGACUCUGGGUGUUUCGACAAUUACAGCUACAGAUAACAUGUAG